GGGUUGGGUGAUGCACUACCGAGGGCUUUUGUGAGUCACUUCUACAUGUAUUUUUGUCCUUUCGUCAGAAUAUAUUAUAUUGAUCGCUUUUUGUUUAAAGCAAAUAGUGGAGCAAGCUGUUCGCCUCUAAAUAAUUCCGAGGUUUCAAGUGCGUUACUAACUGAUUCGAAUACAGUGUGUUGCACAGCAAGAUUGCAAAAUGGCUGUCUUUUGGGUAUUGCAGUUGUUACUUGUUUUUCUAGUUGGUCGUGUUGCAUCUACUCCAUGUGGAGAAGCCCUCACUGGAUCUAGUGGAUUCCUUACCAGUGAAAGUUUUCCGAGUACUUUUCCUCGAAACUCGGAAUGUGCCUGGAAUAUCACAGUUCCUGUUGGGCAAAUUAUCAGACUAACUUUCCUCAACUUCUCAUUGGAACCAAAUCAGAAUACUGACUGUACAAACACUCUUGGAGGGGGCCGUUUGUUUAUUACUAAUGUUGCAUCAGAUGAUGGCGAAUCACAAUUCAAGCUUUGUGGUCAAAACAUUCCUAAUCCAGUGUACUCUGUCGGAAAUUUUGUCCAAGUGAGCUUGCUGUCACUCAACGUUGAACUCGCAGGGUUUAAUUUGACUUAUGAGGCAAUCUCUCCUCAGGAUGUGUGUCCCACACUGGUCCAGCUGAGUGAAAUAUCCGGUGUCAUCACCAGUCCUUUCUACCCCAGAAAAUACCCAAACAACCAGAACUGCACCUGGCAAAUCACAGCCAACAAUGGAAGCCGCAUCAAACUAGAAAUUUCAGACACCAUGGACAUCUUUGAGUGUGGUUUUGGAAGAUGUGUGUGUGACUAUCUGGAAAUCCAAAAUGGUUACUCCAGUGAUGGAGCUGCAAGUGGGAAAAAGUGUGGCAAACCCAAUAAAGUGUUAACAUAUUACUCAACUCUUGACACCUUGAAGCUUCGUUUCUUCUCGGAUGGUGCUAAUGACAUGCAGAGUGUGGGAUUUAAAGCAACUUAUACUCAGUUGAACUUCACGCCACCUGUUUGUCCAAAUCAAGCAGUUCCUCUCACUGGUAACGGAAGAUUGAGCAGCCCAAACUACCCCAUGGAUAAUUAUCUUCCUUCCGAGUUUUGCACCUGGAGUAUUUCUGUUUCAGCUGGUAAACGUGUGAAGUUUGCAUUCACUGAUUUCGCCCUUGGUUCAUGUUCGCUUGAAUGCAGUUCAGACACCUGUACUUAUGUGGAAGUUUAUGAUGGACCUUCAGAAAGCUCUCCUUUGUUGGCACGUUUCUGUCAUGGCUCUGCUGAGGAAGAGAAGGUUUCAAGUGGAAACCAGAUGUUUGUAAAGUUCCAUGCUGGCUUUUCACUUGGUCGGGGUUUUGAAGCACGGUAUUCUGAGACUCAAUCAAGUAAUUAUCUUUACUUUCUGUUUUAUUUAAUUGCCUGCACAUUUAUGAAAACAAAGUUAAACUCAAUUGCUAUCCUUUCAUAGAUGGAUUCAGCUAAU